AGCCCACUUCCGGUAGAGAGCAACAAACAGAAAGCAGUUUAGCGGUGAGAACGUGGCCCGUCUGAAAGGUGAAGGUUUUAUUUGUGACCAGUUAUUCGACACGAUCUGUAGAGCAGGCACACACAAUUGACCUAAAACACACCGAAACAUGGUGAAGAUCACUUUCCAGCCUGUCGCGGAGCAGAAAGAAGAUAAACAGAACAAUGGCGACAAGACGGAAAUCCUCAUUCCCCACCCGACGGAGGAGGAGGAUGACCCCGUCCUACCUUUGUGGCGGCCCAAGAAGUCUCCACUCAACGGGAUGUGCUGCCUGACGUUUGGCCUGGUUGUCUUCAUGGCCGGUCUGGUCCUCUCCUCCAUCUAUGUGUACCGCUACUACUUCAUACCUCACGCCCCAGAGGAGAACUUGUUCCAUUGCAAGGUGGUUUACGAGGACUCUGUGUACGCACCGCUGCGUGGGCGACAGGAAUUGGCAGAAAACGUUGGCAUCUACUUGGCCGACAACUAUGAGAAGAUCACCGUGCCCGUGCCUCAUUUUGGAGGCAGUGAUCCGGCUGACAUCAUCCACGAUUUUCACAGAGGACUGACCGCUUACCAUGAUAUUGCCCUGGACAAGUGCUACGUCAUCGAGCUCAACACCACCAUUGUGAUGCCCCCGCGCAACCUUUGGGAGCUGCUCAUCAACGUCAAGUGUUUGAUGGAAGGUAGCAGUUUCAAUAUGUGUGUUUCCCAGGAGGAGGAGGAUGACCCCGUCCUACCUUUGUGGCGGCCCAAGAAGUCUCCACUCAACGGGAUGUGCUGCCUGACGUUUGGCCUGGUUGUCUUCAUGGCCGGUCUGGUCCUCUCCUCCAUCUAUGUGUACCGCUACUACUUCAUACCUCACGCCCCAGAGGAGAACUUGUUCCAUUGCAAGGUGGUUUACGAGGACUCUGUGUACGCACCGCUGCGUGGGCGACAGGAAUUGGCAGAAAACGUUGGCAUCUACUUGGCCGACAACUAUGAGAAGAUCACCGUGCCCGUGCCUCAUUUUGGAGGCAGUGAUCCGGCUGACAUCAUCCACGAUUUUCACAGAGGACUGACCGCUUACCAUGAUAUUGCCCUGGACAAGUGCUACGUCAUCGAGCUCAACACCACCAUUGUGAUGCCCCCGCGCAACCUUUGGGAGCUGCUCAUCAACGUCAAGAAAGGAACAUACUUGCCUCAGACUUACAUCAUUCACGAAGAGAUGGUGGUGACCGGCAAAGUGCACAACAUGCGUCAGCUGGGACCCUUCAUCUACCGCCUUUGCAACGGCAAAGACACAUAUCGCUUGAACCGUCGUGUCUCCCGCAGAGGCAUCACCAAGCGAGAGGCGAAGGACUGCCACCGCAUCCGUCACUUUGAGAAUACCUUUGUGGUGGAGACGGUUAUCUGUGAUGAAAUAUGAGCAGGAUGGUCACCGGUGUGUCAUGGCAUGCCACCAACGGCACAUCCCAGUCACCUCUCCAGCUACUGUAGCACCCUGUGGAUUUAAUCAUGUUGCACUUUACCAAUGUUCUUUUCCAU